AAAAAUUCUUUUGACGAGAACAUUGCACAAGAAAGAAAAAGUGUUAAUACCUUUUUUUAUCAUGUGUGCUGUUAUAGGUAUUUUAUAUAAUCGAGUGCAAUGAACGCGUAUCAAAGUAUAAAUUAGCCUAUUAUAUUCGAAUUAUCAGACACCGAUCAUUUAUUGAAAAUCAUCAGAAGGCCAUCCGAGGAACUCUUGUUCUCGCAUUAAUUGAAAAUUAUACGCUGUAAUCAGCUCAGUAUUUACAUUUAUAAUUCGAUCGAGCGAUCGAUUAUUUUCGAAUCAGCGGCGACCGCAUUCUCGCGCGGAAAACACGUAAAAACACCUUUUUGUCGUUUAAUGAAGCGUCACUAUCGCUCGUUAAUUCAACAUAAAUGCACAAUAUGCGCAUAAUCAUAACGCGAUUUUGUUUCAUCAUGAAAAGCAAGAAGUGACCAAUUGCGGUUAUCCUUCAGUUGUAACCAACAUCGGCUUAACGUUAAUCUCACAGUUAUCUGUGCAUAAACCAACAGUACACUAUAACUGAUCUUUUCGGUACGAAGUCCAUAUGCAUGUUUAACAUAAAUUAUCGUUAUAGACUACCUUGUAGAAUUCCAUAAAUUUAAAUUGCAGAUCUCGAUGGCGUAUAGUGAUUAUAUCUUUAUUCGAUAUUUUUCGAUGGAAAAUAUACUACUGUACGCACUUUUUCCAAGAGAUUUAAAAAGCCGUGUUGUCAAACAGAUCUCUUUUUUUUUACUUUUAUUUUUUAUGUUUUUUUAUAUGUGCAGUAUAAAGAUACAAAAUUGUUCAUGUUACAACUGUGAUAUGGAUAGAAACUAACGAUCGCUGAGUAGCAUUAAUCAAGUAAGAAUCACUGGUGCAACCAAGCUCAUAGAUUCAAUCGAAACGAUGAGUUACUCAAACGAAAGAGCGACAACUGCGGCAGAAGGGUCUUGAGUUUAUCACGCUCGUGGACGACCCCGACAUGUAUCAAUAGCAGGUUUAAUUGCGGAUUUGACGGGAAAAGUUUGAUUAAACGGCCAUUAUUCCGGUGAGAUAACGCACAAUCUGCGAUUCAAAUGCUCGUCGCUCCGUUUUCCGUUUCGCCCGUGAGCACAGCGCGGAACAAAGAGAAGUUUAUUUCACAGUCGCGAACUGUUUUUCAAGCGAUGAUGCACGCGCGUUGUUAAAAAUAAGGUAUAAAGUGACUAAAAAUGAAAGAAACAAAAAGAAAUAUGAUAGACGUGAUGCGUCAUUGCAAUAAAUUACAAAUAAUGAUUAUCUCAUAUAAAAGUCUAAACUUCACAUAUUAUUACAAAACAAACUAAGUGUUAUAACUGUGUAAGAGGGUAUUGCUAUAAUAUAUUUAUACAAUAUCUUUAUUAGUGUCUUCAUAUACACACAAAUGUCAUUACUGAAAAUUUUAUAUUUAUUUUUUAUUCUUACAUUCGAAAGUAUAAACGCGUCUUAUACAUUUGCUUCACUGUAUUUAGGUAUUUCUUUUUUUCUUUUCUUUUUCGUUUUCUUUUUUUUUUUUCGUUUAAACGAUAUAAGACGAUUUCUUCUCGUGAGAAUCCGAUUGUCGCAUCACAAUUACUCGCUCGUUUAUUUGAUUCACAUCUAGCUCUUUUCUCGUCCGACAAAAGCGUCGAGCUACUAUUUUGUAUUCGUUACGCUCGACAAUAGGAUUCUCGUGACGGCCGUUGUGCACUAAAAAAAAACGAUAAACGACCUGCGCGUCUUUCCCGUUGUUCAUUCUCAGCUGCCGUUGUUAUAAUACACCGAGUGCACAAAAAAGCAUGAGGCAAUCCACUGUAAUACUUAAUGAUUGCAACGAUCUAUAGAUUAAAGGACAUCGACGGGGCAAUUAUUUAAUACGGUUUAUAUAAUCGCUUGCAAAAGGAAAGUCUGCAUGCCGCAAUAAAAAUGUUGACAGUUUUGUAUUAUGACUACAUAUCGCAGUUUUUCCUGGUUCACUCCAAGUGACAUUUUGAUUACCUCUCUUGUGGAAUGCAGCAAAGUGGAGUUUCUUAUCAACCUGAUAUAUGUAUGUUCAAUGGGACUGUAGCGAGGACUUGAUUUACAUGUUUGAUGGUUACUGACAUAAUUUUUUUAAAACAUUUACAGUUUCCUCGAAUUUAAACAAAUUUGAGGAAACUGUAAAUGUUGUAAAUGCUAAAAAUGAAAAUUACUCAGAACAGAACAAUUAGAAAUAUAAUCUUCUCGUUUAUUUUUAUACCUCGUAAAUCUUUCUCAUAGAUGACAUCUGCAACAUUUAGCAAUAUGGUAUUACGUCGACGUAUUAGCCACGAAUAAUUAUUUUUUGAAAAUAUACAAUUUGCAAUCUUUUUUUAUGUCUCUAAUGGUGCAAUAGAUUUUUUUCGAGUGAAUCACCUCGUGUCAAUUCAUAUGGUACCGUGCCUGUCUCUCGAUAAUACUGCCCCGUGAUUGCAGGUAUUUGUUACGUCGAACAAAAGACCUCGCGCCAGCUAUCGCGUUAAUCGCGAGUCGCGCAUCGCGGCACACGCGCGCACGCAGCAUAAAUGCACUGCAUUUUUACUCUUAUUUCAAAUGAAUGUGGAUUCAUUGACGCGGCAUUUAUCGAUAUUAUAUCUCAUUCGUAGUUCUUAAAUUGAACAAACAUAUUUAAAAUUAACAAAAAUUAACAUUAAAAACGGUAUACACGAUAUUGAGUCAAAAAGGCUGAAAUAUUUCUUUAUAUUUUUCUAAUUUGAAUUUUGAAAUAUCCAUUUUGUUCUAUCGUAUCGAAGCUUUGACGUAAAUAGAGAGAAACGGCUGAUUUAUUGUGAAAUAAAACGAUUAUUAGCUGGGAGUGCGUUGCGAAAUAGGUUAUACCUAUAGGUUAUUGCAAUUAAAAGGUUCCUCUCUUGUCCCUAGUCCCUAUAGUUAACGUAGCGCUCGCUCGGAAAUUGGUGGCCGCGACCACUCUUUUAUAGCUUUCGUCGACGCUUUUAAAGCUUGUCCCUCCGCCCUGGUAAUAGCACUGCCGGAAAUAAAGACGUUCCACUCGACUUUUCUAACACGGCCAAAUGCAACGUGCCACGCGACGAUGGAUGCGCCUUGUCGAGCGCGACGUCUCGCUCCAUAAAGGACAUUGUCAAGAGGCGGUGGCGGCGGCGGUUAUCACGAGUGAACGUGGGCGUCCCGAGGAAGUGCAUCCUUCGCGUGUUCUGAACGGACAACAUAAUUCUCCCCUACUUUCAGCGCGCAUCUUUUUUUAACCCGUGCGUAGUAAAAUGUUGAUUGCCCGCGAUAUCGGCGUGUUAUCUCAUUUAACCGUCACCACCUGUCGCGCACCUUUGAAAAUAAUCUUUGUUUUCCUUCGGUUUUCCUAUCUUUCUUGAUGUAUUUUACCUGGCUGACAUAUAGCAAAUGUACAUACUUUAUAUCGUACAGAAAAAUUUAAAGGGAUUGACAAUUUCUGUGAAAAAUAGCUCUAGAAAAAUUUCUUGUUUUAUUUAUUGUUUAUUGUUUACUUGUCGUUUAUUUAUUGUUGAUAAACUCUUUGCCGGAUUUUUACCAACUUAAUCUUCGUCAUCAAUCAUCCUUUUAAUUAAUUGCUUAUGCAGUUCACUAGAACGCAUCAUUAAUUUACAUGGUGGAAGUUUAUCAUCGCAAUACCGCCCAACCAUUCUUAACUCACGCUCGGCCACGUCAUACUCCUGCUUUCUCGACCGCAAAUCCUCAUUUGCUGACGAGGCCGGUCAUUUCGUCGGUUUUUCUACGGCCCUCUAACGAAGUCCUUCGCCGGUAUGCAACGGCGCGACGGCGGCGCGGCGUGUCGGUGCAUUGCGUGUCGCACGCGAAAGCUGCAAACAAUACAACGCCGCCGCGGCACGACGCACCGACAUGCCAGUCUACGGCUAUGUCUGUACGCGCUCCUCGUACGUUUUUUUUUAUCAUAUCGCGAACCGCAGUACCGAGCAAAUUUAUCCAUUAACGUGGCAAAAAAGAAGAAAACUGAAGAACCGAACAGAAAAGAAAUAACUGAAAAAAGAUUUAAAGGACAAUUUUUCCACUAUAUUAUUAGUGGAUUAAAUUGAUCUUCAGAGCGCGAUACAAUGUUUUGCAUGUUGAUCUGAAUUUAAAUCACGUUAUUCCGUAUUGAUCGUGUGUGUCACUCCCUCAUAAGCUCGUAAUAUACGUGUCAUCUGCAUAACAAAUUAGAAUUUUUUUAUUUGUUAUUCUACUGACACCCAGCGCACCCAUAAAAACAAACUUCUUCAAGCAUUCUAAUGAGGAAAAAUAAUGCAGCUUCUAUCUAUCGUGGGUCAGCGUUACACUACCGUUGUCCAAUGAUUAACAACUCCUGCUUUCUUCCUUCUUGCUUAUAACGCACUGACACUGACAUUAUGUCUCGACGAAAGUCUGGCGAGCGUCCAAAAUACUUCCAAACGUGCUUUAUGACACAGUUUGGAAACACUGAUCUGCUAAAUUUGUUUGUUCGUGCGCGAGACAGGCAGAGCAUCGAGCCGCACUCUCGAUUGUCCUCAAAAUUGCUCUGAUCGAUAUAAAUCAUACGGAUGACUCGACACAAUACCUACAUAAGAACUUUGUGAUAUGUUCCACGAAGCCGUUCAUCAUAAAAAUGCCAUAUUGAUUUUUUUAUAAAAAUUGUUUCAAAUUAUUGCUUUAGCAGUAGAUUUUGCUGCGUUGAUAGCGAUAAUUUUUUGUUUAUAAAAAGUUGAUAGGAAAAUUUUGAAGAAAUUUAUGAUAAGAAUUUAGACUCUAUCUAAUAUUCUAAAUACGCGAAACGUAAAGUGCUUCUAUAUAUUUUAAUUAUCUCAAAGGUUUUUCUAGCGUGCUUGUGCAUGAGGCGUGGCAAUAGUUACGAAUCUACGAGCGGAUAAAGGCGCGAAAGGGCACGAAACACACGUACUUGAGCUUUUAUUAAAUAAACGGGAAAUGUACGCGAUUUAAGUGACUCGGUCAAUCCGCAUGCAUCUGUGCCUAUUACGACAUUUAUUAUGUAUACAUAUGUAUAUGCAAAUUCGCAAUUUCUAUUUUCCAGUUGUUUUAAUUCCAUUUAUAGAGUUGCGUAAUAAAUUUUGUCGCGGCUAUAUCAGCAAUCGUUUUGAAGUAUAUUUCAUUACUUCGCGCUCUUUUAAAAGAAAGAAAAAAAUAUUUCCUUAUCAAUUGGUCACUUUUCUAAUGACUAGUUUCACUAUGGUCGAUUAAGUCGGAUUUUUUAUUAUUUCGAACUAAUUUAGAACUGUUGUACACACGAAAAUAAUGCGAUACCCUUUACAUUUCACAGUUUUAUCACUCACCACUACAAUCGUAUCAUAUUUGUGGUCUUGAUAACUCGCGACAACGACCGGAAAAUAAUAAUUUGUGUUGCUUUUACGCUUUAGCACGACGCGCAUUUCUCGAUAUAUUUUAUUAUAUCAUUUUGCGGCUCCGUGCGUACAAUAUACAAAGAUUCGACGCUCGUCAGUGCCGGGUGUUAGGUAGACACGCUAUCGCUUAUCAGUAUCUACUGCUGAUAAAUGGCGUAACGAAGUCGAGUUGGUCGGCUCCGAGUGCUUAUCGUCGCCUCGAAAGAAAUGGACCCAGUUCGUCACAACCGGCCGUUGUCCACAUAACCUUUUGAUACCCGUCCUUCUUUUGUCCUUUCGCUCGUCCGUUUCUUCCCUUUUUUUUCGGGAUCGACACUCUCGAGAGAAAAAGAAAAAGAUCGAGCGCGGAAAACUAAAUCUUCCGUGCAGCAUCAUCGAUCGGUUUGGCCGUUGAAUCGAUGUUGAAGAUUUAUCAACGACCGAUACAUUAUCUAUGAAGGAUCGUUUUACGAAGACGAGAUUGAAGAGAAGAGUCUGAGAAACAGCUAACGGCGGUCAAUUCCCGUCUUUGUUUCCACGUAAGAUUUCUCAAUGAUGGACGAUCGGGAGAGCCCGUUUGUGCGAACACAAGCCAGCAGAAGCCUGAUUCGACCGCAGGCAGGUGCACGAAAGUUCCUGAUGCCGUCGUCCACGGAAAAGGCAGUGCGCCAGCUGGUGAAUCGACAGGCUAUUGGUGAAUCGGAAACGAGCCCGAUAGGCACAUCGAAGCGAUUGUCAGCGCCGCACACGCCCUUGGAGGGCUUGAAGCAGUGGGAACUGGUGGAGGAUGACAAGGGUUUGCAAGUAGUUGAGAAACGGACCGGCGCUUUAAGCCCGAUUAGACCAAAAGAGAUGAUCCCCGCGAGCCCGCUCUACGGCCGCACUCCCGUUUCCGUCAAGAGACUCCUCAGUGACACGAACGUGGACGCGAAUCUGGAGGAGAAGUUGAGAGUCUUCAAUGAGUCCAAGAUUAUCCAACCGAUCGGACUUCCGUUUUUUCAACCGAGGACAGAAUUGACACCACCCGUUCCAUCGGCAGAGCCUAAGGCGCCACUCAGUCUCGAUUUGAUUCUGAAGCAGCAGCGAACAGCGUCGACGGGCACGACGACGGUCGAGAGUACUGAUAUGCUGCUACGAUUGGAGCAGCAAGUUAAGGCCAUCGAGAUGAACACGAUUGCCGCGAGGACGCGUCAACUGGAGAACAGUUCGGAUUUCGGAGCGGAAGUUCAGCUCAGAUAUCGAGAACACGAGGACUUGCUACGAAAUGUCACCGACGAUGAGGCCGAGGGGGCCUCGCUGUUGCAUCGGGGAGACGCAACGCGGAAUUCCACCGGAAACGCCGGCAUCACGCCAAAGAAGCCCACCGUUAAGUUGUCCAGGACCGCUUCGGAUACGCGACGCGGACAAGAAGCGGAGAUGAGAACACAAUCCAGAAUGCCGCAAACUCGCGCGAUCGUCCGGCCGAUCGUUACCAAGAAGGAUCAUCAGCGUCAUCAGCAACAGCAGAACAACGCGACGAUCGUCCCGCUCAGAGCAUUGUCAGACAUGCAGAAGGGUAUUCAGAGCGAGAAGGAGUUUAGAUCGCGCGCAUGCGAGCACGAGGAAGUAGUCUAUCGUCGAAUCCCUCGUCGAUCCGUUACUCAUCGAUCGUCUCGCUGGAACUUCCGAGCGGUCAAACUGGCGGCUUCUAAAGUUGCCGUCAACUCGCGCAAGAUGGUCACGCGUGGCCUCCUGAGGACGGGAGAUGGCGUAGGGGUGUCGAGUAGCGGAGGUCGGCUCUCCUCGAGGAGUCGAACUUCCGAGGAACCUCAUAUCGGCAAGUACAAAUUACUGAAGACCAUUGGCAAGGGCAACUUUGCCAAGGUGAAGCUUGCUAAGCAUGUACCCACGGGGAAGGAAGUAGCCAUCAAGAUAAUCGAUAAGACUCAAUUGAAUCCCGGUAGUCUUCAAAAGCUAUUCCGAGAAGUCAGGAUAAUGAAGAUGCUUGACCAUCCAAACAUAGUGAAAUUGUUCCAAGUGAUCGAGACUGAAAAGACACUGUACCUGGUAAUGGAGUAUGCCAGUGGUGGCGAGGUCUUCGACUACCUGGUCCUGCACGGGCGAAUGAAGGAGAAAGAAGCGAGAGCGAAGUUCAGGCAGAUCGUUUCUGCUGUGCAAUACUGCCAUCAAAAGAAGAUCAUACACAGAGACUUAAAAGCCGAAAAUCUGUUGCUCGAUAGUGAAAUGAAUAUCAAGAUCGCCGAUUUCGGUUUUAGCAACGAAUUCACACCCGGUAACAAGUUAGACACAUUUUGUGGCUCGCCGCCGUACGCUGCGCCGGAACUUUUUCAAGGAAAGAAAUACGAUGGUCCGGAAGUGGACGUAUGGUCGUUAGGUGUAAUCCUAUACACACUGGUAUCCGGCUCACUGCCUUUCGAUGGUUCGACAUUGAGGGAAUUGAGGGAAAGGGUAUUAAGGGGGAAAUAUAGAAUUCCGUUUUAUAUGUCCACCGACUGUGAAAAUCUUCUUAAGAAAUUCUUAGUGCUCAAUCCAACGAAAAGAGCUUCACUAGAGAACAUAAUGAAAGAUAAGUGGAUGAAUUUGGGAUAUGAAGAUGACGAAUUAAAGCCGUACUUAGAACCUGAACCUGAUUAUAGAGAUCACAAGAGGAUAGGUGAGUCUGCCAAGGCCUUAGCCAGUAUGGGAUAUACUCGAAGUGAAAUAGAAGAUUCUUUAGGACAAGCGAAAUAUGACGAUGUAUUCGCCACUUACUUGCUCUUAGGUAGAAAAACGACAGACCCUGAAAGCGAUGGAUCACGAUCAGGUAGUUCAUUGUCGCUGCGUAACAUUCCACCUCAAGUCAGUUCAGGUGCUGGAGGAGGAAGUAGUGGAGGAACAGGUGGCGCAGUACAGAGUCCAUCUCAUAGAGGUGUUCACAGAAGUAUUUCUGCUAGCAAUCCAAAACCCAGUAGACGGGCCUCGUCUGGUGGUGAAACUCUUCGAGGCGCACCCAGUCCAGGUAACGCAACGAAUCACAAUCACGCGACUGCAGUAACUGGCACAACUGUGACUGGAAGUGGAGGUAGUAAUUUUAAACGACAAAAUACCGUGGACGCAGCCACGAUCAAGGAAAAUAGUGCUCGUGUUUCUGCAAGUCGACCCUCUGCACCUAAAAAUAGUCAAACGCCUGGGCAGUUAGAUACUAUGACAAUGUUCAUUCUAGGCGUGGGUACAAGUCCUGGUGGUAAAGCAAGGGUAGGCAAGAGCAACACAAUGAACGCAGGAGUAGGUGGUGGUCGGCCGUUAACCUCACCUGCUCCUGGUUCUGUUGGUCGACGUAGCACCAUCUCCUAUGAUCAAGCGAAAACAUCAUCAUCAUCUACUGAAAGAACCAACGAAGUAUCCAGUUUUGUGCACAGUCUGGGCGAGGGCACUAGACCAACGCGGGGUCACACCAAGUCUGCGAGCAUCAGCGCAAGUCACCGUUCCUCAAGUGGUGUACCCCCCAGCGACCAUUCACUACUGGACCCUCAACCACGCAACGCCCACAACUCCUUACUCGCCACUGCUGACCCCCUUAGGCAGAGGUACAGGCCCCCGAUGCCUAAUACAAAAACCGAAAGACCUGCAUACAUUCCUGCAUAUUUAAUAUUUCAAUAUAUAUUACUUAUAUUUCGGAUUACAUUCGUUCUUUUUCAUUUGGUUACUUCUUUCUUGGGUUUGACCAUGCAACUGCCUUUGUUUUGUUAUUUCAGCCCCAUGGACCCAUCCGUACCCCCCAAGCACCCAGUAGUGAGCGGAGCUACCACUAACGACGAACAAGUCAAGCCGCGCAGUCUACGCUUCACGUGGAGUAUGAAGACUACCAGUAGUCGAGAUCCUAACGAAAUAAUGUCCGAGAUCCGAAAGGUACUGGACGCCAAUAAAUGCCAAUACGAGCAACGCGAGCGGUUCCUGUUGCUGUGCGCGCACGGCGAGGCGGCGACGGACAGUCAAGUGCAGUGGGAGAUCGAAGUCUGCAAGCUGCCACGACUUUCCCUGAACGGAGUGCGGUUCAAGCGUAUCUCCGGCACGUCGAUCGGUUUUAAAAAUAUCGCCAGCAAAAUCGCGAACGAGCUCAAGCUGUGACUGUCGGCCACGGGCGCCCUAGCCGCCAAUCGCGCCAACCCAUAACGACCUCGUGAGCGUAGCCACCAAGUGGCGGUGGUCACCGAGGAGUUUUACUCUUGUUUCUUCUUCUGGGACUCCGACUCCGAAUCCGAUACCCAAGAAAUAUUCGUUUAAACGCGAUUCCUCCGUCCCAAUCGACGAACGUCAUCGUCAGAUGAGAGGGAGGAGACAGAGAAAGAGAGAAAGAGAUAUCUUCUCACGCCCUCAGGUCGUCUCUUCUACGUUGGAGGUACCGCUAUUAACGAUUCGUCGAAAAAAAAAAAAAAAAAAAAA